AGGAGUGGUGAUGCAGUACUACUGAGUCCCUCACUAGAUUUCGAAAUUGAUGCAGAAGAGUGAUCGUUAAGGGUGUCUUUACGGGCACUUAAUACGGCAAGAGAAAAGUUAUUUCCUAGCUGAACAACCAGUCUACUGGAAGAUGUUUUUGCUGAGGGAUAACACAAAGGGGACAGAAGAAGCUUCUGCAACUUAUUUACCUUCUUUUACAACCUGAUCAAGAUAAAACAGAUACCUGAAGCUAAAAAAAAUGUCCUCACCAGGUGUUGAGAAACAGGAGCAUAUGGAUGUGGUGUACAUCUCCAUUGAGGUAGCCAUUGCUGUGGCCUCUGUCCUAGGAAAUGUACUUGUUGUGCUUGCAGUUUAUGUGAAUCGGGCUCUCCGGGACACCACCUUCAGCUUUAUUGUGUCUCUGGCUGUGGCUGACAUAGCUGUUGGAAGUUUGGUUAUCCCUCUGGCCAUUGUUAUUAGUCUGGGAUUCAGUACCCAGUUCUACACCUGCCUUAUCCUCUCAAGCCUGGUGCUGAUCAUCACCCAGAGCUCUAUCCUGUCACUCCUGGCCAUAGCCAUAGACAGAUAUCUGCGCAUAAAAAUUCCUACAAGGUACAACGACAUAGUGACCCAGGGAAGGGCGUACAUGGCGGUUUGCAUGUGCUGGAUCCUGUCCUUCCUUAGUGGAUUGGUUCCAUUGGUUGGCUGGAACAACCAAAGCAGCAGGAACCUCAGCAACUCCAGUGAGAUAGUUUGUAAAUUUAAAACUGUUAUCCGGAUGGACUACAUGGUGUACUUUAACUUCUUCGUCUGUGUGGUGGUGCCACUGAGCUUGAUGAUCAUCUUGUACGGGGAGAUCUUCCGAGUCAUCCGGCAGCAGCUAAACCGCCGUGCAGAAGCUACUUGUGAUAGAGAACGAUACUACAGAAAGGAGCUAAAGCUUGCCAAGUCACUGGCCCUGGUGGUUUUUCUUUUUAUCAUGUGCUGGAUGCCAAUACACAUUAUUAACUGCAUUGAUUUCUUUUGUCCCUACUAUGAAAUACCAAAGUUUGCUGUGUAUAUAGGAAUUUUUAUGUCUCAUGUAAACUCUGCACUAAACCCAAUGGUUUAUGCAUUCAGAAUGAAGCGGUUUCGUCAAACACUAAUCCUAAUAACUCGCCGCUGCAUGUUAUGUAAGGAUACAAUGGCCACUACAUACCCUAGCAGCACUAUAGAAGCAAAUGAUAAAAUGACUGUAAAUCUAUAGCAUUUGAAGACUGUUACUUGCUACACAAAAACCACCAGAAACGUCUGGAAAAGCAAAAAUUAAUGCAACGGCUGUUGGGUUUUUUUUUCUAACCCUUUGGAAGGGUCUAGCCUACCAAACUAUGCUAACACAGCUUUACUGUGGCAGUAUGAGGGGGCAAUUUUGAAAGCAGCACACACAUCAAGUUUAAAAUGAUGUUGAUACAUUGUUUUGGGUAAAGUUAAGCCCCUAUAUAUUUUUUUUACUUACAAAAUCAGCUAACAUCUACUUUGUUUGACAAGAAAAACAUAUUUAAAUCAAUGAAUAAAUCAGUGUUAUGUAUGUAUUGAAAUAAUUUUUUAAGGGACAAUGACAAGACUAGAAAUAUAUAAAAAUGUCUUUAUGGAAAUCAUCUUUAUUUCAAAAAACCUCUUCUAAACAGUGCUGCUUCAACACAGGAAAUGUAAUUCAAAUUAUUAAAUGAGCCACAAAAGUGAAGAACUGAGUGAGAAAGUAUUUGCAUCUUUUUUUUUUAUGUGUAUGUCAUUUUCUUUUUAAUGCCUUGUUCCAUAUAAUGUGAAAUAUUUUAUAA